CUCGGGAUCUCGUGUCGUAAGGUCGCUUAUUGUGUGUUUAUUAUCCUUUACGAGCCGUAAUUGAGAGUGUGUCACCGUAUUUAUUUUUAUAAGUGUUUAUACGCAGCGUUUAAAAUAUGUUCAGGAGUAGAAACAGAAAAUAGAAUAAAAUGACGUUGUGCAGAAGUGCGUUCUCGUGCACGGUCAGUGCUACACUGAUCGUCGCGUUGUGCGUUUCGUUCGAAGUGAACUCUAUAGAGAGGAGGGAGGAACCGCAUCAAUAUACGAUACAAGAAUUGAUCUCAAAUAUAUAUGAAAGUAAAGCAUCUAAUGACCUGGGUAUGGAUCCAUGCAAAGCUGGAAACUUCCAAGGCGACAUUGCAAUACCCGACAAUGAUUUCUACAAACAUAGUAAUUCACCUCCAAGCACAUCAAAAAUUAAUAAAUCAUUUCAAGAAGAGGUGGAAAGAUUAAAGAAGGAAGUACUUCUAGAAGGACUUCAAGUAGAAGAAGAGGGACUACCAGAUAUCUUACGAAAAAGAACAAAGCAACCACUACUCUUGUCACAAGAUAAACCAAAAAAAUAUAAUGAAGUAUCAAUUGCAUCAAAGGUCUUACCGGCUGGAUUAGAUAAAUCAGUGUUAAUGAAAAAUGGUAAAAUUCCACCAGGAGAACACUUUGAUUCUCUUGAAUCACAAAGUCCACUUAAUCAAACAAAUCAAAACACUCCAACAGAUAAUCUUACAGAGUCUGAAAGCUUGGAACAAGAUGGAGUUUUGGUAGUUAAUAUUUCCACCGACAACAUUCUAAAUUUAGAUGAACUUUUUCCUAAUAUUCACAUCUCAAACUCUUCUAAAGAGGAGGAAGUUAAAAACAAAAUACAAAGUAACAGUCGCGAAAUAACAGGUGACUCAAACAACAAUAAUAAUAUAAGGUUCAAGGAACUACCUGAGAAUGUCACUGUAGCUCCAGCUCCCACAAAUGGGGUGCUAUCUACCAAUGAACAAGAAGAUGACAAACAGAUAAAAAGCAACAACUUAAUCAAUAACAUAAGUCAAGAAGUGAAGCCCGAUAUAAAUAAGUCUGACGAUUUACUAAAACCAACGGAGACUUUACAAAGCGUAAUAGAGGAGACUACAACACAUAAACGACGUAGGAGGCGAAGGCAUGGCUACAGCAGAAGAUUGAGAAACACACAAUCGAUUGAAAGAUAUAGGCAAAGAAGCUUACGGCAAUCUGAAGAAGAUACUGAAAAAAUGCAUCACAAUCGAAAAAAGUUUUUUCGUCAUCAAAAGAAAUACAAUGAGAAUGAUUACAAAAAAAUUGAGAUACCUGAACAUGAAUUUGAGGAAAAAUUUGAAGUCAAACCACCGCCAAAAUUUCACAUAGAAGUAAAUGAAACACAACAAUUUAAAGGAUGGUUUUUUCGGGACUCGGAGGAUGAUUUAGAAGCCGCUGAAAGUAAAUUCCAUAAUAACACUGAGCCAACAAUAAGACAUCGAAUGGUUCGAGCAGCAACAAAUAGAAAAGAGCGAAUCUGGGAAAACGGUGUCAUUCCUUACGAAAUAGACGGUAAUUUUAGCGGCGCACAUAAAUCUCUGUUCAAACAGGCCAUGAGACAUUGGGAGAACUUCACAUGUGUAAAGUUUGUUGAGAGAGACGCUGACAUUCAUAGAGAUUACAUAGUUUUCACUGAAAGGCCAUGCGGAUGCUGUUCAUUUGUCGGCAAACGAGGGAACGGCGCACAGGCCAUAUCGAUUGGGAAGAAUUGUGACAAGUUUGGCAUAGUCGUCCACGAGCUUGGCCAUGUUGUUGGCUUCUGGCACGAGCAUACACGACCUGAUCGAGAUCGCCAUGUACAGAUUAUACGAGACAAUAUUAUGAAUGGACAAGAAUACAAUUUCAACAAGCUGACAGAAGAGGAAGUCAAUUCACUUGGACAAACAUAUGACUAUGAUUCAAUAAUGCACUACGCAAGGAAUACAUUCAGUAAAGGAACGUACUUGGAUACAAUACUCCCUCUAGAAGUUCACGGGAAGAAGAGACCGGAGAUUGGGCAAAGAAUUCGAUUGAGCGCGAGUGAUAUUGCUCAAACGAAUCUUCUUUAUAAAUGUGCAAAAUGUGGUAAAACCUUCCUGGGCAACGCUGGGUGGUUCAAUUCACCAGGGUGGGGCACAGAAACUGCACCAGCUAACACUGAUAAAUGUGAGUGGCGGAUCGUCGCCACACAUGGUGAAAGAGUGGUGCUGAAUAUUACUGAAAUAGAUAUCCAUAAAUCGGAUGGGUGCCGCACAGAGUGGGUGGAAGUGAGAGAUGGGUACAUGCCCAAUGCACCGCUUCUAGGUCGCAUUUGCGGUUCUGGCAAAGGGCCAAUGAUGAGGUCCACAGGGUCUAGGCUAACUGUAGUAUAUCAGCCGGGGCCUAGACCUAAACCACAUCGAGGAUUUAGAGCUUAUUAUGAAGCCGUAUGCGGAGGUGACAUCGAAGUCGACAGCAGUGGACAUUUAGAAUCGCCGAACUAUCCCGACGAUUACCGACCUAAUAAGCUAUGUGUGUGGAGAUUAUCUGUGCCACAGGAUUAUCAAGUAGCUCUACGGUUCCAUUCCUUUGAUGUGGAGAACCACGACACGUGCAACUACGAUAAGGUGAAAGUGAGAGAUGGCAACACAACGGACAGUCCACUAAUUGGCAUGUUCUGUGGACACAAGAUCCCGCCUGAUAUCAGGUCCACUUCGAACAAGCUGCUAGUCAUAUUUGAGUCGGACAGCUCGGUGCAGAAGGCUGGUUUCUCGGCGACCUUCAUGAAGGAGUUUGACGAGUGUGCGUCCAUCGACCACGGCUGCAGCCACUCCUGCGUCAACACACUUGGCGGCUACGAGUGUGCCUGCGAUAUUGGCUACGAGCUACAUUCAGAUGGAAAGAAGUGUGAAAAUGCUUGCGGUGGUGUUUUGUACGCGCCAAAUGGAACAAUUACGUCACCGUCGUUCCCGGACCUCUAUCCGCCAUCAAAGAACUGUCUUUGGGAGAUAGUGGCACCUCCACAACACAGGAUAACUCUUAAUUUCACUCAUUUUGAUCUGGAAGGCAGCAACAACAUGUAUCACCAGGAGUGUGAGUACGACAGUGUGACGGUGCAUUCAAGGUUGGGUGCGGAUGUGUUGCGACGACACGGCGCCUUCUGCGGCUCCAUACUGCCUGCCCCCGUGACUUCCGAUGGAUCAGUUCUUAGAGUGCAGUUUACAUCAGACACGUCGGUGCACCACUCUGGCUUCGCGGCGGCGUACUACAUAGACGUGGACGAGUGUGCGGACAACAAUGGCGGCUGCCAGCACGAGUGUCACAACACGCUCGGCGGUUACGAGUGUGCGUGUCACAGCGGGUUCACGCUGCACCCCAACAAACACGACUGCAAGGAGGGCGGCUGCAAACAUGACAUCACUCUUCCACACGGCACCAUAUUUAGCCCAAACCAUCCCGAUUUAUAUCCCUCGCGCAAAGACUGCGUCUGGCAAUUUUCAACAACGCCUGGUCAUCGCAUCAAGUUAAUUUUUAAUGUCUUCGAACUGGAGCCUCAUCAGGAAUGUACCUAUGACCACGUCACGAUAUACGACGGUUCAUCAGCUGAUGAGAAGACGCUAGGACGUUUCUGUGGAAGUAAACUGCCGCACCCAGUUGUGGCGUCACAGAACCAAAUGUAUGUCGUUUUCAAGUCUGACGCAUCUGUGCAAAGGAAAGGAUUUCUCGCUACUUAUUCAACAGCUUGCGGUGGAUAUCUGACAGCAACAGAAAACGUUAAGCACUUAUACUCCCAUCCUCGCUACGGCCAUGACUCCUAUGAGUCCAGGGCGAAUUGCGACUGGAGUAUAGUGGCUCCGUAUGGCCAGUUUGUGAGGCUCACGUUCCUGACAUUUGAGUUAGAGCCUGAAGCCAACUGUGGAUAUGACUACGUCCAAGUUCUGGGUGGGCUGGAAGGCAGUGCCGGUGAUUAUGGAAGUUUCUGCGGUACCAAGGUCCCACCAGAAAUAGUUUCAACGACGGAAGCUCUUUUGGUUAAAUUUCGCACGGAUGACUCAAUAGUUUUUAAGGGAUUCUCUGCAUCAUAUACAGCGGUAAAGCCGGAAGUGUGGAGCGGAGAAGAUAGUUCUGAAGGUGAAGAUGAAGAUGAGGAAGAAGACGAAGAAAUACCCCCACUGGUAGUUGGCAGACGGGGCUUGCGUGCACCCUCACCUAGGUUCGUCCGCCGACCCACGUGACGCUGGAAGUUGCCACGGCAUCUGAGGCACAAUAGGCCACGCAAUCAAAGAAUACGCAUAAAGGCUUUACCCCUUAGAAAUCAUUUCUAAUGUUUCAUGAAUUGUGCUAACGUGCGUAUUCAUAGACGUAAGGCAAUGACGUUCUAUACACAUAUAAGUACAUAUCAUUCACAGUCUGAUAGCGAAACGGCAAAAGUGUGCUUAUAGACAAUGUAAUGAACACAUCCCUUCAAUAUCGUGUGUCACUGUCCGAAUCAAACCUGAAUUAAAUAAAUGCCUUACAUUGCUGCUUAUUGACCAAGAAUAUUUUAAACGACUGGAGUAAAUACGGCAAUGAAUAGCAGUCGAAGCUUAUUAUGGUGAAAUUUGCGACAUGUUCCGUAUAUCAGCUUUGUGUUUCUAAAACGUUAUUUGUCUAUAUGUAUAGAACGUCAUUGAAUUAAUUGAGCGUCACGCGUCAGUACAAAAUUGCAACUCUGGAAAGAUACAAAGGAAAGUGUUGCCAAUACCUGAUUCUUUUCGGUGUGCUUAUAAACCUAAAGACCUUAUAGCUAGACUGCGCAAUGACACAAAAAUGUAGUGGAUACUAUCCACUGUUGUAUCAAUUUUUAUUUUUGGCCAGUUGUUGGAUUAGGGAACUUCUUGCAUGUGUCAUCUACGUUCUCGUACUAUAAAAAACUAGACUUCCAAUCGCUUAUUAAAAGGUCGUCAAAAAAUGUCCGAGCGGCGUUGUUUAUAAUGUAAAUUAACUUAUGUAACUAUAUUCAUUAAAAUUAACACCUUAUUUAGAAGCAGUAAUGUUCAAAUUCUAUUGUAUACGCUCAUUAGAAGCUCGGAAGCGAACACGAGGCAAUAACAUUUUGGUUUAGUAAUUGAAAUGUUAUUAUUUAGCAAAAUGAUAAAGACGUCUACUUAAUAACAUCAUUGUGUUUAUUUAAAGGGGCACUUACCUAAAAUAUGAGUCUUCCUUCUUUUUAAGUUUGGAUAUGGUUAUUUCGAAUGUUUUUCACUGAACACUUUGCCAUUGCGUGGUAUUGUAUUCAAAGCGCGGUCGAAACAACUGGCUAUACCUACGCGUGUUUAGCAAAGUUUUGCUUCAGACGAUUUUUGAGCGUGAUUGUGAGUCUAGUUAUUUAUUAUAAUGGUCAUCUCACUCUAUUUUAAAUUCUUAGCGAAUAUGUAACUAGCAGUAACAUCUUUAUAAUCGAGGUUUGUAAAUUAGAUUUUGUUUGGCCACUAUCAUUAGGCCAAAGCUAUAAGGUCUUUGGUAGCAACAAAGAGAUAAAAGAACGGGAAGAUUUGUUUUCAUUAUCUUUCUUACACUUUCUUUUUUCUAAUCGUAUUCACUUUGGACAGGUAUCUAACACUUCAGCCUAAUUUCUUUAUUGGUUACAGUGAAGGAACAUUUUCGUCGAUUUUUUUUUUACCUCAGCUAUAUUUUGAAAACUUCUAAUGCUUCGUACGAAAGAAAUUAGCGUUUGCUCAUACCUGCAAUAGUGAAAAAAAAAUCCAAAAAAAGUGGUCCUUCAAUGUCUACAUGGGUUUAUGGACGUCAUUCGGACGUUUGGCUUAGUUGUCUCUAGAGGCCUGUGCUUGAAUAAUAAUAAUAAUAAAGCCUUUAUUAUAGUUAACAAAACAUAAAAAUUUACUUACUAAUUAAUACACACAUAUAAAACAUUUUAAUUAAUUAACUUAUCUUACAUAACUAUAUUAUCAACUAAAUUAUUUGCAGUAACUUUUAAACAGUUUGUGUCCUCUUUCUAGUAACUGUUUGUCCUUCGACACUUGUGAAAAUUAAAUUAGUAUUUAAAUCCCGAAAUUGAGAGAAAGAAGAAAAAUAACAUGUGACAAAAUAUUAACGAAAUGGGUUCCUUUGCCAUUUUGUAGAGACGUUUUUUUACCAAAGAGAUUGGAAUACUUAUAAGAAGAACAUCUCUAAGGAAUGAUACUAGAUGAAACAUAUUUGAGAGAUUCUGUUUGGGAUGUUUUUUAAUCCAAGUUAACACCUUCCAAUAAAUUUAAAGGCUAAAAUAACAACAACGGUACAAGCAUAACAUUUAACAAUAAAAAUUUACGAUUAAGGAUUGGUCUCCGCUACGCUCCAACUAGAUAUCGCGAGCCAGCCUCGAACAAUGUGUGACGUUGACGUGCCACAUGUUAAACUUUGCUAAUAAUUGAAACUUAAAUGCCGGGUUGCGUAGUCAAACUUUGAUAAAAUAAUACUACAAGAGUAUAUAAGAAAGACACUGCAGGGAUCAAAUGUCAUCAGUACGUAUUUUGUAUUUCAUUAAUUUCAAUGUAAAAUAACACGAAGCGUGUAUAAGUUACGAAAUUUGAAUGCGUGUCAAAAUGCUACGCACACAAGAAUCUUUAUAAAUAGCCAAUACACACUACAAUAUAAAAUUGCCGUAAUAAAAAAAGCUGUUGUCCUUAGAUAGUACGGUAUUUAGUUGGAGAUCAAUAACAGCGGAGAUCCUUAUUCUAAGCGGUGACGAUUAUUAUAUUUUACAAUGAUAAAAUAUUUUUACUUUCGACUGACCGUCUGUACAUAUUAUUAUAAUAUAAUUUAUAAGCUUAAUUAGUGGUCAUUAUCUUUCAGAUCUAACUAAAAUACUCAUUACAAUUAAAAAAGACAAUAUUAUAUCGAUUCUUUAUACCUACUUAUACAUAUUUUAGUGUCAUAGUUUGAUAUUCUCUAUGUUAUAGUCAUUAUAUAGUUAUAUUUUAUGUGCCAAAGAUUUUUAGGUUUUAAGGAUUGUUUGUAAUACAUAAAUCGUAAUACAUUUUUUAUAGAUGAGAUAGAUAUCUGCUUACUUAUGCCGCUAAACGAACUAAUGCACGAAUUUUUCACAGUUGUAGGAAGAAAAAAUUAUAACUAAAGGGACCUUAAAUUUGUUAAAUAAGGUCGGAUUUCACCAAUGUAGAAUUAAUUUUAUUCCUCGGAUAAAGCUGUUCUCAGAUAACCAUGUCCUCAUUUCACCAACUAUUUAUCCUGAGAAUAACAAAGUUAUGCGAGAGUUAAGUUAUAAUACCACAUUUUUUAAGGAAUAACCGCCUUAUUCCGCGGAUAAAAUCAAAAUGGUGUCAAAUUUUCAUGUCAGCUGAGCGCACAGAAUAUAUUAUAACUGAGCGAACAUUGAUUCAUAAUUGUGCACAUUGAAUUGCUAUUCAAAGAAAAUAUUAUUAAUAAUGCAGCAUUUAAGAAAUCAGUAAAUAAAACGUAACGCAACUUAAACUCCACAUAGCGCGAUUUUACAGAUAGGUAAUUUGUUGGAAAAAAUAGCACUUUACACAUUCAAAGAAAUGACUAAAUUAUAAAUGUCCUGUUAAUCUAUACUGUACUGAGACAAUGACAUAAAUGACAAGUCUAUUUAAUUCGUCUGCAUUUACGUUCAAUUCUCGAAUAGUUAUACUCGGAGUAACUUUUUGUAUUUACAAAGUGGUGAAACGUACAUAAAUAAGUUGUUGUGAUAGUAAAUGCAGCGAAUAAUAUUAUACCUGGAAUAGUCACUGUCGUAUAAUGACACCAUUGGUGAAAUUGGACCUAAGCCCCAUUUUAUUAGUAAGUUCUCUUAAUAGGUAAACAAUGGCUAUUCAAAAUAAAAGAUUUAAAGUACGACUUUAACCAGCCAUUGUUAUAUAUGAAAAAGAAUAACGAGGAUGCGGUCUUCUAGUAGACUCUUGCCUAUUAGCAAGGACUUGUACUUUAUUUAAUAUAUCCCAAAGCUACUAAAUGCCUACAGCAAUGUAUCUUAUAUCACACGCUUACCGGUUAAACAUUUUCUCAUAAAUUCAAAGCAAUUGUUCUACUUUCACCCUUCAAUAGGUACUAGGCAGUACGGGGCUAAGUACUUCCAUGAGACUCUCUGCUGUGUAAGCCAGCCAUGCAUCUAUUAAAUAUGCCAAAAUAUAUGUUGGCUCUCUCUACUACUUCGAACAAUCGCAUUAUCUUGUCGGUUAUUUCUUCUUCUGGGGUAGCGAUGGCCUUAGUAGAACCCGAAACAAUUUCUUUUGCGAAAGCGCCAUCUCUGAUGUAGUCACGCCUUUACACAAAUACAGUUGUAACUGAGAAUAAACCAAGAAUAAGUUAAAUCUUGACUAUAUCGCUGACAACAAUGUCAAUAGAAUGAUAAUUCUUAAGUUUUCCGAAUGUCCAGCAGUAUACGUCCAAAUAAACCAAUCAUAAGCAAAAUUAUGUAUAUAGCAUUAUGUAUAUUCUCGGUUUAUUCUCAGGUAUAACUUCAAACCAGGUUUAUUUGUAAGGCCGUAAUGUUUUAAGAUGUAGGUAAUUGUUGUUCCUGAGUACAUUUAGAUACAAGUGACAAAAAACAUGACAAUACGUAGCUGAUAUUAAUAGACACCCUAGUCUAGAUUAGUUACAUAUUAAAGUUAAUGGGACGUAUUUAAUUUGUAGUAUUUAGUUAGUAGGUAUGAUCUAAAAUAGUAAUUGAUAUUAAUGAAUUAGUAUUUAUGUACAAAUUUUUGAUACCAUUGUGUUUUAAUCACAGAAGUAAAUAUGAUACUAAUUAUUACACGUUUUGAAGCAUUGUUAAUACAUUUUUGUUAUUGCCAAUAGGAUAACCUAUUGUUAAUGUUGCCAGUAGGUGCAUCUUGAUGGUCAUUUAAUGAAUUAUUUUCCUUUACAGUCACAUAAGCAAGCAUCAAGAUUAAUUUGUGCGAAUUGUUACUUAUUCUAGUGUUCGAUGUAUAAAUAAUUUUAAUUAGACGUGUAGGAUGUUUAGUAUCAAAAUAACUUUUUUAAAUAUUAAAAUAUUCAUGAGAAAA